ACACUGCUCCUUCUUUUUGUAAAGUUUGACGGAUACCGAAAAUAUGGCCACCUCCAAGAAGAAGACCAGGAAGCUGAGAGGACACGUAAGCCAUGGUCAUGGCCGUAUCGGUAAGCACCGUAAGCAUCCUGGAGGUCGCGGUAACGCUGGUGGUGAACAUCACCACAGAAUCAACAUGGACAAGUACCAUCCCGGGUACUUUGGCAAACUUGGUAUGAGGAAUUUCCACUUGAGGAAAAACAAGGACUUCUGCCCCGUCCUCAACCUGGACAAACUGUGGACACUGGUGUCGGAGCAGGCUCGUCUGAAGUACGCCUCUGCCACAGACAACAAGGUCCCUGUCAUCAACAUUGUCAAGGCUGGUUACUACAAGUUACUAGGCAAAGGCAAACUUCCCAAGCAGCCUGUGAUAGUGAAAGCUAAGUUCUUCUCAAAAUCUGCAGAGAGGAAAAUCAAGGCUGUUGGAGGCGCUUGUGUAUUGUCUGCGUAAUUUAAGUGUAAAAUAAAUACAAAAAAAUA